AUGAGAAUUAACCAUUUAUCUAUUAUUUAUAUCGUCGGAUUAUUAGCUUCAUGUUGUUUGGCAGCCGAUAACUACUGGUUGCAAGAGACUUUUAAUGGUGGACCUUUCUCCACUUGCAAAGGUGCACCUCUAACCGCACAAUAUUACAAAACCAAUAUUUGCUUCAAUUCGAUCUAUGUCACCUGUAGUACAGAAGAAGGAGUUUCCACUUUUCUUACCUAUGAAUAUGACAAUUGCACUGGUGCCGUUAUGACAACCGACAAAUUGAUUGAUUCUACCGUAGAAUCAAAGAAGUUGUCUUUCUUAGAGUUACCACUAUUUUAA